AUGACGCUUCCGUGCCAUCUGCUCAGCUUCUUGCUCGCCUCGGCACUCAGCAAUAACCAUGUCCGCGCCCGUGUGCUCCAAGAAAUCGUCCCCGGCCCCAGCAGCGAGGCGUUCAACGGCGCCGUCGCCUCCGAGAGCGUCGAGUGUAGCCUCAUCGGCAGAGACCUCCUCGCUCGCGGGGGCAACGCGGCCGACGCCUUGGUGGGAACCACGUUUUGCGUCGGCGUCAUCGGCAUGUAUCACUCGGGCAUCGGCGGGGGUGGCUUCGCCAUGCUCCGCGACGCGAACGGCCAGUACGAGGCCGUCGACUUCAGAGAAGCCGCUGGCGCUGCUGCAUCCGAGGACAUGUACCAAGGCAACGUCAAGGGCAGCGUCGAGGGCGGUUUGGCUGUUGGCGUCCCCGGCGAGGUCCUCGGCUUGGAGUACAUCCACAAAAAGUACGGGUCGCUGCCGUGGAAGACGGUCAUGCAAGGGCCCAUCCGUAUCGCUCGGCAAGGUUUCAAAGUCUCGAGUGACUUGGUACGCUACAUCGGCUACGCCGUCCGAGGGGAUCCUCACAACUUCCUCCUGGAGGACCCCAACUGGGCUCAAGAUUUCGCCCCCGACGGUCAAAUGGUCCAAGUCGGCGAUAUCAUGACCCGAAAGCGCUAUGCCGACACACUGGAAAGGAUUGCCAACUACGGCUCAGACAUCUUCUACACAGGAGAACUCGCCAAGGCAAUGGUGCAACAUAUCCAGCAGCGCAAUGGGACUCUCGCCUUGUCCGAUUUCCGAGACUACAAGGUCCUGAGCCGGCCCGUCCGGAACACCACGUACCGUGGCAAAAGCCUCUACACCGUCGGCGCCCCCGCCAGCGGCUCCAUCACCCUCAACAUCCUCAAGACCAUGGAGCAGUACGACCGCGCCGACACCCGUGACACCAACCUCACGGCGCAUCGCUUCGUCGAAGCCAUGCGCUUCGGCUACGGCUCCCGCGCCUCGUUGGGCGACCCAGGCUUUGUCAAGGGAGUCGACCAGUUCGAGGCUCGCCUCGUAGAUGCGUCCCAUGUCAGACGCACAAAGGACCGCAUCUCGGAUCACCACACCUUACCCGUUCACGACUACGACCCGGAGCACGUCGACUUGCCCCAGAGCCACGGCACGUCGCACAUCGUCACGGCCGACAAGUCCGGCAUGGCGACCUCUCUCACAACCACGGUGAACCUCCUCUUUGGAGCCAAGAUCAUGGAGCCGGCGUCCGGCAUCAUACUGAACAACGAAAUGAACGACUUUUCCAUCCCCGGAGUCCCCAACGAGUUCGGCUUCGAGCCCUCCGAGGCCAACUUCAUCCGGCCUUUCAAGCGACCCCUCUCGUCCGUGGCACCCGUCAUUGCCGCACACCCAGACGGCACUCUGUUUGCCACGGUCGGCGCCGCCGGCGGCUCGCGCAUCAUCUCCGCCACCACCCUGGCCCUCUGGCACGCCAUCGAGCAUGAGAUGACCAUGAAGCAGGCCCUCCUCGAGCGCCGCGUCCAUGACCAGGUUCUUCCGAAUACGCUUCUGCUUGAAUACGACUUUGACAAUCGCACGGCGGCAGCGCUCAUUGACAAAGGACAUAAUGUGACGUGGGUGCAGCCGGGGCUGAGUGCUGUCCAGGCCAUCAGAAGGUUGGACGACGCAUCCUUCGAGGCCGCCAGUGAGCCGAGGCAGCGGAACAGCGCAGGCCUCAGCAUAUAA